GCAAGGCUCCAGAAGUGGAGAGCACAACUUCUUGUCAUUUCUGCCUCUUACCAGAGAUCCCAUUUUGUCAUCUAUAAAUUUCCUUUCUUUCCAAACUCCUUCACCAGAAUUCCUUCGAGGGAGAGAGAGAGAUGACUGAGAAGAAGAAGAAGAAUAAGGCCAAGGCAAUCAUUGUAGGAGGGAGUAUAGCCGGGGUUUCAUGCGCUCAUGCGCUCACUUCAGCAGGAUGGGAAGUUGUGGUGCUUGAGAAAACUAGCGCAGCCCCAACUGGGAGCCCAACCGGGGCUGGACUGGGGCUCGACCCUUCGGCUCAACAGCUCAUUGGUUCCUGGCUUGGCCAUCCCCAGCUCCUCCAGCAGGCCACCUUGCCCCUCACAAUUGAUCAGAACCAAGCAACAGAUGCUGCUACGAAUGUGAGUUGGACAUUAACAAGAGAUGAGAAAUUUAAUUUUAGAGCAGCACAUUGGGCUGAUCUCCAUGGCCUUCUACACAAUGCAUUGCCACGAGAUAUAUUCUUCUGGGGUCACCAAUUCAUCUCUUUCACCAUUUCCGAAGACAAAGCCUCUGUCAAAGUUAAGGCUAAAGUUCUUCGAAACAAUGAGAUCAUUGAGAUAGAUGGAAAUUUACUCGUUGCAGCAGAUGGAUGCCUCUCUUUAAUCCGCCAGAGUUUUCUCCCGGACAUUAAAUUGAGGUAUUCAGGUUACUCUGCGUGGAGAGGGGUUCUUGAUUUUUCAGGAAAAGAGGAUUCAGAAACCAUUACAGGCAUCCGUAAAGUGUACCCCGACCUUGGGAAAUGCUUGUACUUUGACCUUAGCUCUGGAACUCAUAGUGCGCUUUAUGAACUUCCAAGCAAAAGGCUCAACUGGAUUUUUUAUACCAAUCAACCUGAGCCUGAUAUAAAGGGAAAUUCAGUUACCAUGAAGGUAAAUGAAGACAUGAUCAAUGAUAUGAUCCAAGAAGCAGAGAAAGUUUGGGUCCCAGAGUUUGUAAGAGUCAUGAAGGAGACCAAGAAUCCUUUCUUAAAUGCCAUAUAUGAUUGUGACCCUCUAAGACAGAUCUUUUGGGACAAUGUAGUGUUGAUUGGGGAUGCUGCUCACCCAACAAGUCCUCACGGCCUGAGAAGCACAAACAUGUCAAUAUUAGAUGCAGCAGCUCUAGGCAAAACCCUUGGCAAAUGGGGAUUGGAAAAUUUACAGUCAGCUCUGGAAGAGUAUCAGUCCAUUCGGCUACCUGUCACUUCUAAACAAGUUCUGCACUCACGGCAGCUGGGUCGAAUUAAACAAGGCUUAGAUCUUCCUAAUCGUGAGCCAUUUGAUCCAAAGAAAGCAACUCCAGAGGAUUGCACAGAUCUUCAACAGAAGAACAUGCCUUUCUUUGUAGUUCCUUCAUUAAUUGAUUCCAUGUUACGCUCUGUUUGAUCUCUUAAAAGAUGGGAGUAUGUCCUCCGUAACCAGGCAAUGCUUGGGCAUUUUGAUACUGGUUACUUAAGUCUCUCUCGCCAAUAUAUUUGAUUGUCUGGACUCUCUUUCUCUGAGGAUUGACUAUAUAAAAACAUGAUUAGUCAUUACAGAAAA